AUGUCAAGCACACACAAUGAGGCCGAUUCGGACCUGACGUUGGGACAACUGCUGACUAGGUCACUGGCCAGCGCCAACAUUGUGCUCAGCGCCGACUCGCCCAACGACCUCGCCAUACAAGUACGUCACUGCGCACCUCCCCUCCCAUUCUAUGAUGCAGCAACCUAACCCCUACCCUCUCCCCUCACACACCAGAACCGCAUUCACUCGACCGUAUCGGACCUCAAGCUAUGCUCCUCGCUCAUCUCCCACCCCUCAAUCCUGUCGCCGAACGAGACGUUGGAAGAAGUGCAGACGCGCGACUUGCGAUGUCUGCUCGUCGAUGCGCUCAGGGCCCAGUUACAAGUGCUUGUCAAGACCAAAGGAGCUGUCGAGAGGAUGCAGUGGUUGCAACAGGCCAAGGUCGGCUCUGGCUUUCGAGCUCCGAGCGCUCUACGGCGACUGAUCCUCCCUACCCCACUUCGGCCUUAUCUUACAGGCCCUCUUUGCGUCCUACGUCGCUCUGAUCGAUCGAUAUCAAGUCGUCGCCGAACACCAGAGAUCGACCUUCGCAGGACCGCAACAUGCGACCCAGGAUCCGACACGCCGCCGCGAGAGCAAGAUUGCGCAGUACAGGAUGGAGAAGGAGAUCAAGAACAAGUUGGACGUGAGUUGGGUAGGGCGUGCAGAACAUCGUUCGGCGAUGCUCACUUACGCUUCACUUUUUUUUUCUCUCACAGGAAUUGAGGAAACGAAGAAAUGAACAAAGAACCAAGGCGAGAGGCACGCGCAUCUCCCCCGCCUCUUCGUCCAUGACGGCGACGACCUCCUCCUCCACCACCACCCCCACUACGAACGAGCCCAACCCCAUCGACGACGACUCGUACGACUCGUACGACGACGAGACCGAAGUCGCUCGACCCUUGUACAUCCAACUCCUCUUGCAACACUACGUACGCGCCCACGCCGAACUGACAUCGAUCGAACAAGAACUGGAAUUGCUUGGUCACGGUAUGAAGAUGAGUGAUUUGCCUAGUGGGCCUUCGGGGAGUGGUAGUAGUGUGCAUGGCGCACAGGGAAAAAGUAGGGAGGGGGAAGAUGAUACCAGUUGGAGGUUGGACAAAGUCGAUCGAGGGGCUCAGGGGCCAUUGUUGGACAAGGAGGGCAAGGUGAGUCAAAAGCAUCCACCGGAGGACCGUCUCCACAACGAGAUCUAAUUCCCUUGACUCCAUUCCUCAUUCAGGUCCUACGACCCUUUACGAUCCUCCCCUCCACCAAAUCCUCCACAGGCGGUCUCCUCUCUACUCGUCUCCGUCUCCAAUCCGAAGUAUUCCGAUCCGGGCACCGACUCCCCACUAUGUCCAUCGAUGAAUUCCUCGACCAAGAACAAGAAAGAGGCAACAUACUUCAAGGGGGUGGACCUUCAAGUUCGGAUGCGGUCGAUCAAGCGAGGAGGGAUGAACAGGCUGAGAAAGAGGAUGAUACGCAGGCUGGCUAUGAUCGGGAGGAGAGGGAGUUGAGGAAGGCGAGGGAGUGGGAUGAUUAUAGAGAUGCGCACAGGAAGGGGGAAGGGAAUAUGUGAGUCGUGACGGUUUGUCCAAAGAGGAAGAUGACAUGGCGAUGCUGAUCCUUUGGAGAUCCUCUCGUCUCACAGGCACAACCGAGGAUGA